CAGCUUCGAAGAAGGAACACCUGUUGUCUGCUGAUGCCUGCAUACCAUUCAAAAAUCGAGCAUGAGCUUGUGGUUGGCAAUAUGGCGCUUCUACCUUUGCGUACAAAUUACAAGGGACCAGCGCCACGAACUGACAAUGAUCUCGACAUAAUCGAUGAGGCACUUAUGUAUUUCAAGCCUAAUAUCUUCUUCCGUGAGUUUGAAAUCAAAGGACCUUCCGACCGCACCCUGAUCUAUCUGACGCUUUACAUCACGGAAUGCCUACGAAAACUGCAAAGGAGUCCGAAUAAAAUCUCUGGACAAAAGGAUCUAGCAGCACUAGCUCUCAGCCAUCAGCUACCAAUCCCAGGCGAAGCGGAUUUCCCUCUCAACAACAUGUAUAAGGCACCAGCAAAUAAACAAGAAGAAGAAACGAUGCGUUCUUACCUACAACAGAUGCGACAGGAAUUAGGAAUGCGACUUUGCGAGCUAGCGUUCCCAGAUCCUUCAACCAAGCCCAGUAAGUGGUGGCUAUGUUUUGCUCGAAAGCGAUUCUUGGACAAAGGGCUUGUAAGCCAAGGAGUCAUUCUGUGAGCCGGAUACCGCUCAUAUCAUACGCUAAUAACUUUAUCGCAUGUGAUCUUUAUAUUUAUUUUCGUUCAUGUAAUGUAUCAUGAUAAAAUGCUCAAGAAGAAUUUUUAUCGAAGUCAUAUACUAGAG